AGAAUCCCGAUAAUUGGUUGGUCCGAGCGCUUCGUUGACCCAAACAUUUUCGAUGGCACAAGUAAUGGGCCCUCCUUUGUCACCAAGAGAGACCCGACGUUCCGGUCGUCGCUCCGGACCUUCUCUUUCUAAUUCUCACUCACCGGAAUCGGACAUCUCUCCUCGAUUAAAAGAACCUGCUCAGCGACCCCCUUUAAUUUCUACUGCUAGUGGAAGUAACGGUCGCCACAAGCGUCCCAAGCAAGAAGACACGGACGAUCUGACUGAAGAUCGAAAAAACGGCACUGCUCAUUCGGUGUCGACGAGUUCCAAUUCUUCUACCCAAGGAUCUACCAAGUCUAAACGUAAACCAAAGGAAAAACUGCCGCCCCCAGAGGAAACAUCAGAUACAACCAAGCCACCUUUACUACCACCAGAAAUGGCAGCAUCUGAAGGACAGGAAGAAGAAGAGGAAGGUGGCAUUACGCGUUGUGUUUGUGGAAACACUGGAGAAGACGACCCGGAUGCUGGUGAAUUCAUGGUUCAAUGCGAGACCUGUAAAGUCUGGCAGCAUGGAUUGUGUAUGGGCUUCGAGUCCGAAGACCAACUUCACGACGGAGAUUAUUAUUGCGAACAGUGCAGACCUGAUAUGCAUGUAGACCUCCUCAAAAAACUGUCUCGUCGACCACGACAUUCGUCUGCAAACUCGCACCACACUGCGGGAGCGAAUACUCGCUUAUCACGUUCUAGGUCUCCUCACCCACCCACCAAAUCACAACCGUCUAAGCGCCGAAACACCAUGAACAGCGCGUUUGAUGAAAACCUGAAGCAAAUUCUCGAGACCACGGCAAUUGAAGCUGGAGCAGAUCCAGCCACCAUUCACGUCAACGACCAGCCAACUGCUUUGGAGUCUGAAGAGCUCCCUGAAACAAAUAAUCGCAACAAGAAACGAAAACGAACAGAAAAUGAAAUGACCACCACAAAGAAACGCCGGUCAAUGUCUACUACAUCUGAUCAUCCACCUACUGUCAAUGGAAACGAGGAAACGCCCGUGUUCUUGCCACCACCACCACCACCGCCUCCUGCUUCAAAAUCCGGUGGUCGGAACAAACGGGGCGGUCGCAAAUCUGCGGUAGUCCAUGACGUACCCGUGGAUAACGGCGACGGUGUUGUUGUCCAACCUGCCGCAAACAAGCGUUCAACAAAUUCGCAUAGGAAAGGUGCUAAAGGAAACGCACGUCCAUCCCAAUCCCAGUCGAAUACAGGAACAGGUCAUGCUUCUGGUUCCCACGACUCUAGACGAACACAAGGCAACAACACCCAAACCUCCGUUGACUCUCGUGCAUAUCGCAAUUCUCAUGCGUAUGUCGUCUCGCAACAACCUCUAUACACGUCUUGGAAUCUCCCAGACUACCUCUCUCAUCUUGAGGAGAUGCUUCCGACCGAUGUACCGAAACCUCUCGAAGUUGUUGCCGGAGCCACAGGACGUGAAAGUAUAGAGCGAACUACGGAACGGGGAGUGAAGGUCAAAUGGCCCAGUAAACGAACAAGUGUAGCGGAUAUGAACAAAAGGGUUAGAGCUCUUGUCGAAUGGGUUGGCAGAGAACAGGCUAGUGCUUCUGAUCGAGCUAGACGUCACGAAGCUUUGGAGAUUGCGCUGAAGAAAAAUGCAGCGAAUGCAUUCAGAGGAAAUGGCGCGUCUGGUGCUGGGUCAUUUGAUCGGAGUGUACUUACUGUGUCGUCCUUGGACCGCAAUGCAGAAGGAGGCUCGAAUCGGCCUGGCAUUCCAGGUACCUCUUCGAUGAAAGAUAUGGAGGCACUUAUGGAAGAGUUGAUCGGAUUUCAGGAAAAAUUUGGACCUGGGGCAAGGAGAGAACGUCGAAUAGCUUCAUAAUACGGACAAAUGCUGAGCACUACUUAUUGUGUUCCCAGAUAAUGACAGUGAACUACAGCUUUGAAACAUACUGUAUAUUGUUAUUGUAUCGUCGAUGUAUCUAGCCCUGUAUUUUUUCUAUCUCGGCGAAUUAACGAACAUUGUUGAA